UGAACCGUUGUGCUGGUCGUGUCGUUGUCGCUGCCGUUGUUUAAACGCUCUUUACUGCCAAUAAAACUUGUUCCGUGUGUGUGUUUUUCUUGUUGUUGUUAUUGUAUUUGUAGUACAGGUUUAGCCUUAGCCUCGACUUGAGGGUGUGCUACAAAGUGUCAGUGUUUUAGUAAUUAAACUACAAGUCUAGCAAACAAACCAAACAAAAAACAAGUGUGAAAAAUGCCAUCAGCGUUCCGCAGGUGCACGCUGCAGGCCGCGCUGCUCGCCUGCCUAUGCGUGGCCAUGUCGCCGUUGCGCGCCAGCGCCAGCAUCGUGGAAAAACUGCGCGAUGAUUCUGAUCUGUCGCAGUUUUAUAGUUUACUAGAGCAAAAUAUCAUUGCGAAUUCCACUUUAACACUGCGACCAUGCACGGUGUUUGUGCCUACAAAUGCUGCAUUCCAGCGCCAUCAUGGACCCACACAUGUGCUCUAUCACAUAACAACGACACCAAUGACGAAGGACGAACUCAUAAAGGUUAUACCGUCAGAUAUGGGUGGCAAUCCAUCAUUGUAUAUAACGAAAAAUCGCAAUGGCGAUAUUUAUGUGAAUAACGCCAGAAUAAUACCAUCGCUGACGGUCGAAAUGACCAAUAGUCUGGGAAUGCGUCAGGUGAUGCACAUAAUCGAUGAAGUCUUGGUGCCACUUACUGCUCUGCCCACUGCCAAAAUGGAGUUCACCAAUUUGGAUGCGUAUCAAUUUAUGAAACAGGCCGACAUCUUAGAUAUCGGCGAGAAUCGCUUGAGAUCGUAUCGCUCGCAAGUGACUUUAAUGCGUAAGGAUAAUCUCUAUCAGUCGCCAGGUGGACAUACAUUUUUAAUACCCGUCGAUGAAGGUUUCAAGCAAACCACACGCAGCAGCCUGGUGGACAACAAAGUCAUCGACGGACACGUCAUACUGAACAAUGUGAUUUUUACAGCAGCCGCGCAAAUGGAGGUGCCACAAACCACAGCCGCAUUCGAGGACAAUCUCAAAGUAACCGUUAGUUUCUUCAAACAAAAAGACGGCAAAAUGUACGUCAAAUCGAAUACUCUUUUAGGUGACGCCAAGCACCCCACCGGUGUGGUGUUGGCGGAAAUUGUCAAAGGCAACAUUCCGGUGCGAAAUGGUGUGGUGCAUCUGAUUCAUCGGCCGCUAAUGAUAAUCGACUCGACGGUGACGCAAUUUCUACAGUCAUUUAAGUUGAUGAAUGAUAAUGAAAAUGGCGCUCUACGCAAAUUUUACGACGUAAUUAUGGAUAACGGUGGCGAGGUGUUAACCGACAUUAGCAACUUGGGUGAAAUUACAAUUUUGGCACCUAGCAAUGAUGCCUGGGAGGCCAAAGAUGUACAAAAUCUAAUAAGAAAUCGUGAGAAAUUGCGUGAUAUCCUGAAUAUGCAUAUUAUCAAGGACAAACUGAAUGUUGAUCGAAUUCGCCAAAAGAACAAGAAUAUUAUUGCUCAGGUGCCAACUGUCAAUAACCGUACAUUCUUGUACUUCAACAUCAAAGAAGAAAAUGGUGAAGAAAUGAUAACUGUUGAAGGCGGUGGCGUUAACGCAACUGUGCUGCAAGCGGAUGUCGCUCAAACUAACGGUUAUGUACACAUUAUUGAUAAAGUUUUGGGCGUCCCAUAUACAACUGUACUCGAAAAACUCGAAACGGAUCCCAUGAUGAGUGAUACCUUCAAAUUGGGUCAAUUCUCCGCCUUUAACAAUCAACUGAAUAACACACAACGUCGCUUCACCUACUUCGUGCCACGUGACAAGGCUUGGCAAAAGACCAAAUUGGACUAUCCUUCAACACAUAAGAAACUCUUCAUGGAAGACUUCUCCUACCAUUCAAGAUCAAUAUUGGAACGUCACUUGGUCAUUGCCGAUAAUGUGUACACGAUGAACGACUUGGUAGCCAUGACAGCUGCGUCUGGCGACUCCAUUUUGCUGCCUACCUACAGAGAUUCCUUGAAAGUCAAAGUAGAAGAGGAAGCUGGACACCUUCACGAUGAAUAUGCUUCACAUGAGUGGACUGGUUAUGUUAUCACUUGGAAUUUCAAGAAGAUCAACGUUUACCGACCGGAUGUCGAGUGCACCAACGGCAUAAUACAUGUCAUCGACUAUCCCAUGCUGGAGGAGCGGGACGUCGUCGUCAACGGAGGUAGCUAUCCGUUAGGCACUAACUUGUGCAUUCUCUUCUCAAAUAUCCUCAUGAUAGCAAUAGCGAAAUUUCUUUUCUUAAAUAAUUAAUUGUAUGUAUAAAUUAACUUACAACAACAAAACAACAAAAAACCAAACAAAAACUCAUUUUAAAUGAAUCAAAAAAAUCCAAAAAAAAUAAAAAAUAAUACCAAACCGAAAAAUUGCAAACAAACCAUGCAACAUGCAACAAAGUGAACAUACACUCAUACAAUCAAAGUUCAUAGCCAGCAAACCGAGCAUCACACAUCCAAACACCAUAUAUGCCUGCCACAUUAUGUAACAUACUACAGAUCACAUGACUCACGCGU